AUGACCUUAUCCGGCCGUGUAGUCGUCGUUGCCGGUGCAUCCAAGGGCAUCGGCAGAGCCAUCGUCCUGCGUGCGGCCGCCGAGGGAGCCAGCGUGGUCAUCAACUACAUGUCCGACGUCAAGGGUGCCAACGCCCUGGUCGCUCAGAUUGGAAGUGAUCGUGCCAUUGCCGUGCGGGCGGACAUCUCCAAGACCGCGGAGGUUGACGAACUUAUCGAAGCCACAGUAGCUCGGUUCGGGCGGAUCGAUGUCCUGGUCCCCAACGCGGCCUAUGUGCCUGAGAGCGACCUGCGGAGUGUCACUGAGGAGGACUUUGACCGCGCCUUUGCUGUCAACGUCAAAGGGCCUUGUUUCCUCGCGAAGAAAGCCUUGCCUCACAUGCAGCCGGGGAGUACGAUCAUCUUCAUCUCGACGGACCUUACCGAUACGUCUUCGGUGCCACCACAUUUCCUUCUUUACGUAUCGACCAAGGGAGCGAUGAACCAGAUGGUCAAGGUCCUGGCGCGGGACCUAGCGAGCGCGGGAAUCCGCGUCAAUGCCGUUUCGCCAGGUGCAACGAGCACAGUGUCCUUCCACAAGGCCAUGGAUGAGACUCGGGUACAAAUGAUUGCGAGUCAUAACCCGUUCAACCGAAUCGCGGAGCCGGAUGAAAUUGCCGCAGCGGUUAGUUUGCUGUGGGGGAAGGAUAGCGCUUGGAUUUCGGGCCAGGUUCUGAGAGCCAACGGUGGUGGUGUCGUCUGA